CUUUUUGUAGCGCCACCACGAACUCUUCCUUAUCAAGUAUAGGCGGCUAUAUGGUGAUGCACGGUGUUGUCAUUGUGGCGAAAAUAUUAAACUAUUGAAAAGUGCGGUAAAUCAUCUUUGAUUUUCGGUGUUUUUAGAGUUAUAAAAUAUAAUAGUAAACGACACGUCUAUACGAAUAUUGAAUCUGUGACAUUAGUUUUCGCGCGCUUUAACGGUGAAAUAGAUUAGGUUUCUAGACUGUUCGAAUGUAAAUAAUAGUAAAUUAGCUGUAGGAAAGUUUAAUUUCUUUAGUACAAAAUAAAUGCAACUACACGAACGGACGGACGAAAUUUGUAGAGCUGAGAAUUAUGUUUUUCGUUCCAAGUUACAAUUUUUAAUCAGAGUUUUCCCAAAAAUUCCCGCGUCGUGGCUGGAAUGACAGGUAUGGAUACAGGAAACACGACUCCUGCUGACAAUUCUUCAUUUAAUAAAAAUGUAGAGUCGACUCCACGUGCUGAGCGAAGAGUCACUCGAGGCUCCAGACAGAGAGCUGUGGAUAGCGUGACAAAGAAAUUUCUUAGGAACUUUGAUCCGGAACACAGUGAAAGAGAGAAACGUAAACUUCAUAGACGAUUGUAUCAAGGUCAUAAGAGGCAUGCGUUGUAUGAUGAGAAUGGAAUGUAUAUUCAGACGGGUGAUGACCUUUGCGAUUGUAUGAAUUUAAGCUGUGAGGGGUGUCAUUUCCCUUGCACUAAAUGUUCAUCCACUAAGUGUGGUCACGAUUGCAGAAUCAAUCGUAAAUGGACAUAUGAAUCUAUUGAAAAUGAGGGCAGUGACAUUGUCAUAAAAAAUCCCCUAUUAAAGGAGACCUAAUAGCUUGCAUGCGAAGGUAAAGGAGCUCAAAUAUUUUUACAGAAUCAGUGAGAAUCUUGUUCGAGGGUUCUCAUUAACCUUCAAACAAACUAUUUUGCUAUUCUAAGUUAAGACUAUGCGAAUUCUUGUACAGUUCUCGAUUGAAUUAGGAUA